AUGGUAAAAAAGAAAGUGGGAAAGUGGAAAAUGUGCAUGGAUUUCACUGGCUUGAAUAAGGCAUGUUCCAAAGAUCGUUAUCUUCUUCCUCACAUUGAUCGGCUCAUCGACGGGGCUUCUGGUUUCUGUCUUCUCAGUAUCAUGGAUGCUUACUCGGGUUACGAUCAGAUACGGAUGAAUCCAUUGGAUGCUCCUAAGAUGGCAGAGUAUGAAGCUUUGAUUGCAGGAAUGAGGUUGGCAAAAGAGGUUGGAGUAAUACAUUUGCUUGUUCAAACUGUCUCUCAGUUAAUCACCAGCCAGGUCAGAGGAGAGUUUCAGAAGAAGGAUCCAUCGUUAGUCAGAUACUUGCAAAAAGCUCUCAAGAUAUCUCAGACGUUUGUGGAAUUUGAGUAUGCUACGGAGAUGCAUCUACGGACAGAUUCCGAAGAUGCAUCUCCAGAUCAAAAAAAGCCACGCUCCAUAAUUAGGCUAGAUCGCGUGUAUUUGAGAUGCGUUUGGAGAUGCAACUCCGAAAUCUAG